UGAUCAAUUGAUAAUUGGCCACGGCAUAUGAAUAAUUUAAAUCGAGAUUCUAACGAUUUGGUUUCUGUUUGUAUCAAAAAUAGUGCCAGAAGCCAUCCUCCGCGCUCUCGAAUACAUCAAAAGCCACCCAGCACCAGAACAACAAUAAAUUGACCAAGUGAACAGUGAUGAAGCAGUUUAGUCAGCUUUCGUUUUAACAUUGGGUCUUUGGAUAAUAGCUUUUUUUAUUUUAAACAUCCUUUUUGAUGAGAGAAACAAAAACAUUGAAUUAGAUUAACAUGUCGAGUGGUAAUCGUGAUUUAGCGAUUUAAUUAUCAAUUAUUUUAAGCAAAUUGUGUAAUUUACGAGGUACGCCUUUUGUGCCCGACCAAUUGAUGUGAAAUGUAUCUACUGCAGUAGAUACAUGUAUAACACUGCCCAAUACUCAUCUUUUUUAUUCAAAUCAAUAAAAUAAAACUGUCUACGGAAACGGAGGCACAAAAAUAUACAAAAAAAAAAAAAUUACGACCAUAUAUAUUAUUGUUUGAACAAAGCGCUUAAAUCUUAGGCUUUUUCAUUAAUCCCAUUUGGAUGCAAAUAAAAAUAAAAGUUAUCGAAAAUAUGGUCAUAAAAGUUCACAAAAUACGCACACGAAUUCUAUUAGCAUCUUCAUCGUAAACGAGAAUAAAACCAAUAACAUGAUGUAAUUUACUCAAAUUCUCAACGAGAGAGCUACUUAUUGACUCUACAAUUUUAGAAUCGACAACGAUUCCAAUGCUUUAUUUGCUUAAUUCGGUCAUCCGAAUACUACGAGCAAAUACUCUAAUGAAAAAUCCAAAACGCAUCGCUUAUAAUAAUGACUUUGCGGCACCAGUUCAUGUGCUGAAAACUGAACCAAAAUCAAAAUUAUUAUUGAUAUGUUUUUAACACCAUGAUUAAUCGCUGUCCAAAAAAGGAAGUCGUAAAAUAUUAGAGUUGUUGAUUCAAAGAAGCGCCUUUAAAAACCUGCAACAAUUUCUUUCAAUGCUAACAGUUGGUUAGAGAUUAUUUUCUGAAGACCCUACACAGAGAAGAGAUUUUUCGAAAACUUCAAUAUUAAACUGAGUGACAAUUAAUUUGGCAAACUAGUUCAUAAAUUGUCACAUCAACAAUUUGCAAAAAUGUCCAUAUUUUGAAAGUAUUGUGCUUUUUGAGAGACAAUCAACACAUGAAUUUGGAAACUCAAUUCACAAUUUUGGGAUUUCUGCCGAAAAUAUUAUGCAAAAUAUUAUUUUGUUCCUGUUUGAGCCGACGCGUUGUCGAUUGACGCCCGAUUACAACGAUAGAAUUAUGCAAAUAAUAAUUUAAAAUGAGUUGGUGAUAUACUACCCCGCCAAAAUGAACAUAAUAUUUCGCACAUAAAUUGUUGGUGCCACCGAAACACACUGUAAUAUAAACGAUGGUGGUAUAUGAAUCUGAAUGCUGAUCGCGUUCCUAUUUCGGGUUCUGAUGGGUUUGUGAAGUUUGUCUCCAAUCCAAUCACAUUUUUAGGGAGAGGAAGAGAGAGAGAGAGAAAGAGAGAGAGAGAGAGAGAGAGAGAGAGAGAGAGAGAGAGAGAGAGAGAGGGAGAGAGGGAGACUGUAUGGAAAAUGAUUAUUUUCAUGAAAUAUGCAUAUGAAUUAUCGCCCCACCCGUUAUGCAAGUUGAAUUUCGUUUUUUUUUUGAAUAAUAAAAUAGGAAAAUAUUUCUCCGUCGCAUACAUCUUUCACGUUACAUUUAGGUUUACAUUUCAUACGCCGAUGAAGGCUGGUGCAGUUGCAUUAUAUCCAUAUAGACAGAAUAAUCCGGUUGAUAGAGCUUAUGAUUAUUUAAGAAGAUUUCUGUUCCAUUCAUAUAAAAAUGGCACUGAACUGGUUUCAUUUUUCAUAAUACCAUGCUUCCAAAAAUCACUCACUCUAACCGCCGAUUAAUAUUACCAUAUUCGGAUACGACAUGGUCAUCGAAAAUGUUCACCCAUUGUUGUUGCUUUCAAUUGACGAUUAUCAGUUGCGGCUUCUUUUGGUCCAUUUUAUGAAUAACGCCGCUGUCAACAUCACAUCGGCCGAUACAGCCGACGAAUGAGAUGAAAGAUCAUGGGGAAUGCCAAAAGCGUUCGAAUAUUUGUGACUUAUUGUGUGUGUAUCCGAUAGAGAGAAAACUAUAACAGUGUCACAUGUCCAUUCGCCACACGCACUCUUUUUUCAUUCGCAGGCGGCAGUAGCGAUCGAUCCAAUUUUUUUGGUAUAAAUAUUGGACGCGGCCGAGCUUUUGACAUCAGAACACAAUUUGUGAUCAGUGAUAAAACAUCAUCAAAAAAAAUCAAAAUGAACAAAAUCGCUAUUGCCUUCUUCGCUCUCAUCGCUGUGGCCACCGCUGCCCUCCUCCCAGCUGCAUCAUCCGAUUCUCAAGCCACCGUUCUUCGUUCAAACGCCGUCGUCAACCCAGACUCAUACAGCUAUGCCUAUGAAACCUCAAAUGGAAUUGCCGCCAAAGAACAAGGACAGCUGAAACAAAUUGGAUCAGAAUCAGGCAUCGCUGCUCAAGGAUCAUACCAAUACACAGCACCAGACGGUACUCCAGUCCAAAUUCAAUAUGUAGCUGAUGAGAACGGUUUCCAACCACAAGGUGCAGCAAUCCCAACGCCACCACCAUUGCCAGCCGCUAUCAUCCGUGCUUUGGAAUAUCUUGCCCGCAACGCUCGUCCACAAUAAAUCAACAAUCCAAGUGCUUUAAACAAUUUUUAAAAUAGUCAAUUUCGAAACCACCAAAUAAACAUCCAAUAAAUCAGCAAAUCAGAUUCAAUUUUGUAGAUUCAAUUCGUCCAGAAUAAUGAUUUGAUACUACCAGAAUAAAACCAAUUAAAAAAUUGAAAAAAAA